AUGGAGGAAGGAUAUGGGCUCCAAGAGCGCAGGCAAUCAAAGAAUGUCACUCACGUGGAAGUACUUCAAGUCAAUUCAAGUAGGCAUCUUCCACUGGAUGUUGCUUCCAUGGAUCUUGUGAAACGGAGGCUCAAGCAACGGCACAUACAGAUCUGCAAGUCGCCGAAUGUCUUGCCUUUGAAUCUCUUUGACCAUUUUCCUAAGAUCGCUGGUACUUUGGGUACGGGACUGUUUCUAGGCACAGGGGGAGCCAUUCACACAGCUGGACCACUCGGUGCCCUGAUUGCAUUUGCCCUGGUUGGCUCUGUAGCGUAUUCGUCAUUAUGUUCACUUGGGGAGAUGACCUCCCUAGCGCCGAUAUCAGGAUCAUUUCCUCACUUCGCCUCCCGUUGGGUAGAUCCCGCAUUAGGAUUUGCAGUGAGUGAGCUACUUAAGUUCUACGUCCCUGUGGAAAUAUCCGGAGCUCAAAUACUGAUAUCUAUGUGGGAUUCACAUCACGCUGCAGUUUAUACUGUAGUGAUUUGUAUCGUUAUAUGCGCCACAAAUGUAUUUGGUGUAAUAUACUUCGGAGAAACCGAAUUUGCUCUUUCCAUUUUGAAGCUGAUAAUGAUCAUUGGUCUAAUCAUCGUUGGCCUCGUCAUUGACCUUGGCGGAGCACCGAAUCACCAGCGACUUGGUUUUCAAUACUGGAGUAAUCCGGGUGUCUUUGCCGGGCCUGGACUCGAACCUCGGUAUCCUGCACUUAAUAAUUUCCUCGGAAUAUUGAGUGCGAUCACUCAAGCCGCAUUUGCUUACCAGGGAAUGGAGAUAGUGGCUGUUGCGGCAUCUGAGACGGAGAACCCGCGGAGGAAUAUUGCCAAAGCUAUUCGCAGAGUUUUCUACCGAAUCCUCAUUUUCUACAUUCUCGGCGUUUUCAUUGCAGGACUCAUUGUACCUUCAAAUAAUCCGCAACUGUUGGAGGGAACUGGUAUCUUUGCCAAGUCGCCAUUUGUGAUUGCGAUGCAGAUUUCAGGAAUAAGAGUGUUACCCGCUGUAGUAAAUGCAGGUUUCAUAACUAGCGCAUUCUCCGCAGGCAACUCGUUCCUUUUUUGUUCUUCGCGCAUCCUCUAUGGUUUAGCACUUCGUAAACAAGCACCCCGGUUCCUCACUAUCUGUACGAGGAAGGGCGUACCAAUUGUUGCAGUGCUCUGUUCGAGUGUCUUCGCUUUUUUGUCUCUGAUGAGUAUAUCAUCGGGUGCAGAAACCGUGUUCACCUGGUUCCAACAUCUUAGUGUAAUGGGUGGUUUCUUCGGCUGGCUUUCAAUUAAUUUAACUUAUAUUUUCUUCUAUCGCGGACUGCAAUACCAAGGCAUUGAGCGACAGAAACUCCAUUACUAUAAUCCCCUACAACCGUGGCUCUCCAUCUGGGGCAUGGUCUGGUGUAUAUUAUUUAUCCUGAUAAAUGGAUUUACCGUGUUUUGGGAUUUUGAAGCCUCUUCCUUCUUGACAUCAUAUAUAAAUAUUCCACUAUUCUUUGGAUUGUUUCUCUUCUGGAAAGUUACACGAGGCACGGUGGUUUGGAAAACAGAUGAGAUGGACUUCAUUACGGGUAUUCCUAGCUGUGAAGAAACUGAACGACCUGAGAUCCCUCCGAAAGGUUUCUGGCAACACGUUGCUGCGGUGCUUUUUUGA